AUGAGUGUAAACGGGAUCAAGAGGGAAUACGAAUUCUCCGAGCCCGUCUCGGCAGCGUGGGACGACGCGCACGUCAUCACCCCGGACGGGUGGGAGCGCAUGAAGAAGGGCGUUCAGCCGCGGGAGAUGGAGGACCGUUGGAUCGUCGCCCACGAGGUCGAGGACAACGGGGACGACGCCAUUCUUUUCGUCCGGAGCUGGACAGGCUUUCCGGUCGCCAAGGUCACGGUCGUGCCUGCGGGCGACGAUGGCAUGAGCAGGAGGGUUACCAAGAUUACGUGGGAAGGGGACGAUUCGCGGUGGAGGGCCGACGAUAAGGAGAGCCAGGCCAAGAACGACGUUGCGAUGCUCUCGAGGAGCUUUUUCCAGGUUUCCAUGUCGAGCGAGCAGGCUUCUGAUUGA